GUCACCUCAGGUGACACUGACACUCAGUAUGGGUCCUCUUCUUUUAACUUCUGGCCCUUGGGCGAGUUACGGUUCAAGCUGCACAGUCUUUCCUGCCAUUGCGUUCGAUGCUCAUCCCGAUGUCACCUACUCCAAAGCGAAUGGAACAAUUUUCGAAGCACAUGAAGGUCGAAAAUUUGUUUGAAUCAGUUCCGGAGCGAACAUGGCGCUUGAGAUGAGAAAAUUCAGGACCCGGUGCUCCCAGUUGUAAUGUUCAAUCUUUGGCAGCGAUUGCGGGUCGUAACGUUUAAUCAGAACGAUGUUCAUUUGGUCAAUCAAGAUUCUCUAUUCCCUCAACCUUCCUCCGAGUCGCCCCGUUAUUCAGGACAUGCAUGAAGUACUAGGUGGACUUGUCGGAGAAAGCUGAAAGAAACACAAGGUCGCUACAUAUUACUACUCCUGGGACCGUCUUCACCAGAGAAUGGACCGUGGUCGAGUCUUCCUCCAAAGAUGAGGUCGUGGAAGGUAGUGCACGUAUCUUCCGCUACCCCAAACGACCUCCCUCACUUUGGGUAGAUUUGAGGAUAAGACGGUGUACCGAUCACAACGCAUGGUCGUAUAUCAUCACAAGGCCGUUUGGAGAUAAACAGAACAUCUAUCUACAUUUGAACCCGGUGAUUGUGGAGGGGACUGGGGUUGAGAACGACUGUUGUGUAUCUAAUUGUCAGGCCCGAAACGACAGAAGAUAUAGCUAUACUACAGGGGCAAUCCUGGUUGUCGACCGGAAUGUCUUUCGAUGUCGCUAGUUCCACUCAAACCCUGUCACUUAUACCGCUUGGCGAGCGAGGUUCGGGCGUCACGGUUGCAGGCGCACUGCGGAGGGUACAUCGUUGAAGCGGCAAUUGGCAGCUGACAAGGUUCUUACUAAAGUGCCCGAAGCCGGAAUUGAUUUUUAACUCCCCUGAAUUGUUACCAUUGUUCAAGGUCGGCUUACUUUUCCUAUCUAGCUUGCAUGGAAUAGAAUAUCAAUUCGUAUCGGAUGAACAAUAUCCCUUCCUCAUGUAACCUGGGUCUGGCGUCCUGAUGUCAAUCGACCUAUUACCGGAACUCAAAUACCACUUUUGUAUCAACGAGUAAGGGGACGAUUUGGACUUCAGCGUACGCAUCCUUCACAAUGAGCGAGAAGAAAACCAUGUUAUCCAACCAAAUUCCAAAAUCUCACUACUCCCUUCGCUUCCUUUCUACAGAAGCUCGGGAACGAAAGCCGAACGCCAUCCGAUCUCUUAUGCCGCUAGAAAGAACCCCUGGUCUGAUCUCCCUCCUAGCGGGUAAACCGAACCCGACGGCAUUCCCCAUCGCAGGACUCUCGCUAUCCAUUCGGGACCCAAGGUCUGAAAUCAUGAACAUCCGAAACACUAAGAGCGACAGUGACGAGGCCGCGGAUCUGAUUGAAGUGAAACUAAGCCAGGAGGCUUUAGAAGAGGGAUUGCAGUAUACUGAGGAAGGUGGCAUCAGGAGCUUAAUGGGAUGGGUAUGUGGGCUGCAGGAGAGAGUUCACGGAAGGAAAUGCGGACUGUAUAACGGAGGAACUGCAAGUGAAGGGUGGAAAGUGACAAUUGGCGCUGGGAGUCAAGAUGUGCUGUAUAAGGCGAUCAAAUCCAUCUUGAAUCCGGGUGAUUCUGUACUAGUUGAAUCUCCGGUGUAUCCGGGAGUUUUCCCUAUAUUCCACAGCAUGUACUGUCCACAAAUCGAGAUACAGACAGACGAGAACGGUGUGUCUGCUUCACACCUACGAUCCAUCUUGGAAUCGUGGCCAAAAGAGGCACCCAAACCAAAGAUUUUCUAUACUGUUCCUACUGGUAGCAACCCUACAGGCGCAACGGCAGCGACAGAAAGGCGAAUAGAAGUGCUUCAACUGGCGCGAGAACACGAUUUCUUGAUCCUGGAAGAUGAUCCCUAUUAUUACCUCUAUUAUGGUGACACGCCACGGCCACCCUCCUACUUUGCAUUGGAGGCGACCUUGGCAGAAAAGGGAGGCACGGAAGUAGGACGUGUCAUUCGGUUCGACAGUUGUUCGAAGGUACUCUCCGCUGGACUGAGAAUCGGAUGGGCGUGUGGACCUGAAAUGAUUGUGGAUGCUAUGAUACAGUGUGUGAGUGCCGAGCGUUUCUUCAAAUACGUACUAUUCUCGAUCACUGAAAUAUUUUCAUAAAAAAAGACAGGAAUGUUAAACCUCCAA